GGCCGGGGGGGGGGGGGGGGCUUGCGUGAGGCCCGUUGCCCUUGGCCCGGCUGCAUGUUUGGGUGCCAAGGCGACACGGCCAUCAGCCCACCUGGUUCACGGCAGGUCCCUUUGCGCCUUAUUUUCCCCAGCUCCGAUGCGGCCGGCCGUGUCUCUCUAGCUUUUGCUAUCAUCGCCAAGGAGCGUAACAGGGACAGACAUGUAUAAAUGACCUUGCACACCGCAUCUAUCUGCUCCUGGGCGAGCGGUUUGCUGUCGUGAUUGUUUCUCUGCUCUGGAGCUGUCUACAUUACUCUAUAGUUACUCCUCUAUACCCGUUACCCUAAAGCUUGGUUUAUCUUUAUCGCUGUGCACCUUUUCCAAUGGGUGACACUCCAUCUUCGACCCCCGCUGCUCUGCCGUCACACCACGGGGACUGGCCAAACACACAGGGGUUUGAUGUUCGCCACCAGGAGCUAACCCCGACAGACCUCGAGGUCGUCGGCGAGAUCCCGGCCUACGUAGCAGGCGUUCUAUUCCGUAAUGGCCUCGGCCCGCGCGAGGUCGAGCUGUCGGCCGACGGCUCAGUCUCGUACAGGGUCAGCCACUGGUUCGACUCUUUCUCCCAGGUCCACCGCUUCCAAAUCCACCCGCCGACCCCGGACCACCCGGCAGUCCGGGUCACGCACAACUCCCGGCUUACGAGCGACGGUGUCAUCGAGCGGCUGCGACGGACCGGGUACAUGGCAGACUUCACCUUUGGCGCCAAGCGGGACCCGUGCCUUUCGCUUUUCCAGAAGGUCCAGUCCGUGUUCACGCCGCUCGUCCGGUCAAGGCCCGACCUGGCACCAAACGCCGCCAACGUCUCCGUUUCGCUGUCGCCCAACUUCCCCGGCCUCUCGAGGACGGGCGAGCGGCAGGAGACGGAGGAGGUGGCCCCGGCAUCCAGGGGGAGGCGGCCCGUGGCAAACCUUGCCAACAAGACGGACUCGGCCACGAUGCAGAUGCUCGACCCAGAGACCCUGGAGCCUACCGGCCUGGUCCGGCAGCGCUCCCUGCACCCUUCCCUGACGGGGCCCCUGAGCGCCGCCCACGCCUGCCGGGACCCCGACACCGGCGACGUGUUCAACUACAACCUGGACCUGGGGCCCGACGUGUGGCGCGUCUUCACCGUGUCGGCGGCCACGGGGCGGACGUCGGUGCUGGCCACCAUCAAGCACACGGGCGCCUACGUGCACUCGCUGUUCCUGACGGAGCGCUACGUCGUCCUGUGCGUCUGGAACUCCUUCUUCUUCGCCGGCGGCACCCCGAUGUUGUGGAGGCGCAAUUUCGUCGACGCCUUUGCCGAGUACAACCCAGGCCGGCCGGCGCGGUGGUUCGUGGUCGACCGGCGGCCCGGCGGCAAGGGCUUGGUGGCCUCGUACGACUCGGAGCCCUUCUUCGCCUUCCACAGCAUCAACGCCUACGAAGAGCCGAGCGGCGGUGGCGGGGAGGGGGAGGUGGACAUUGUGGCCGAUAUAUACGUGUACGAAAACCUCGACAUAAUCAAGCGUUUCUACAUCGACAACCUGAUGUCCGACUCGCCGGCUGCAAAAGCCUACUUUGGCGCCUCCGAGAAGGGGCCCAGCACGGCCGAAAACCCCAUCCAGAGGGGUGUGCUUCGGCGCUUUCGCCUGGCUGGUGUGCCACCGCUGCCGCCUCUGGACAAGUCAAGCGACCACGCUAACCGGGCCCAAACCCCACAGCCUCCCGCAGAAGCAGCAAAAAAGGCGACAGUCGAACAUCGCGGCACCCCCGGCUUGGGGCCCGAGCUCCCGAGCAUCAACGGUGCAUUUACGGGGCGGCGGCACCGGUUCGUUUACGGCGUCACUUUUACCGGCCUCAGCACGUUCCUAGACGGGCUGGUCAAGCAUGAUAUGGACACGGGCGAGACACUCCAGUGGUGCCGCCACGGCCAGACGGCGGGCGAGCCCCUGUUUGUCGCGGACCCGGAGCGGGCCGGCGGCGACGACGCCGAGGACGCAGGCGCUCUACUUUCCGUCGUGCUGGACGGGACCAGGGGUAAGAGCUACCUGCUCGUCCUCGACGCUAAAACCAUGCGGGAGGUUGGCCGGGCCAACGUCGACGGGGUCGUGGGUUUUGGGUUCCACGGUGUUCACGUUGCUGCAUGAUCGUUUCCUUGCCGUGAUAUCCCUUCUCCGCUUCUCUUUUGGUCUUCCCUCUGCGAAUUUACUUGUUUUGAGUAUGUAAUGUGCCAUUUGGUCUUGUGAUUUUUGCUUAUAUCCGACGGACUCAACCUGCUUCAGGCUACGUAUUUCUCAAGCGAACACUUAGUAUUUGAUCAUUCUCAUUCAGCAGCACAUUCGCAGACCUGUCAUAGUGGACCCAACUUUAGCGCAUUACUUCUCACGAUAACUUCGAAUCUGUUGGUCACGCGACCUGAAGCCCCAGCGCCAAGUUAGCUCAACUAGCAUAGAGGCCGUUUAUUGGCACUAUCACGGAAUUAGAUGGCGCUAAGGAAUGGCGUAUUCUCUUCAUUAUGCCAUUAACUUGGGACGACAUGAACGGUCAGCAUGGAGCUCUCAGCUAAACCACCGAUUUCC